GCCUUUGGGUAGGCAGUCAUUGUAAAUAAGAAUUUGUUCUUAACUGACUUGCCUAGCUAAAUAAAGGUUAAAUAAAUAAAAUAAAUAAUUCCUGGCUUCCCUUUCCCCCUUCUGACCUUCGCAUACUAUAUUAAUUCAGUGUGUUUUGGUCACACUUUAGGCUGCACAACAUUCUAUCUGCCUUAUGCUUUUAAUGGUAAUGGUAACAAUCAAAAGUUGAAAUGAUGUUUUUGGACUUCUUGAUUCUUGGUUAUGUUCGGUUGUUGUAUAUUUGAAUAUUUAUUUCUGAAUGAGGAAGCUUUACUGUACAAUAUACUCAUUAAACCUGAUUAAUGGGCUAUAUAAAUGAGAAUAAAAACCUGAUUUGUGUACUCAAUCUCAUAUGCUUAAUUGCAUUAUUCUUGUUGAACAAUUUUUACUUGGCUACUUAUUUUUUUUAUUUGCAUAUAGGAAUUCCAACACAUUUUCCAUUUUAUGCAGUGGGGGAUUUCAAUCCCUCUCCUCAUCUUGCAUGUAGGUGUGUUUCUGAAGGAGGGACAGUUCCUGGAAGUUUUGGCAGCUUCAGCUUGUCUCACUGCGGUCAGCCUGUUGACUGAUGGCUACUUUCCUACUGUAGUUCACCAUACAUCCAGGCCUACAGUUGUGAACGUGUAAGGGCAUAAUGGCACUGAUACAUUUAGGAGAAGUUCAAAUUAAGGGACAAGGAUAAUACUUGUUCUUUUUUUUACCACAAAAUAUAUGACAUGGUGAGAUAUGAGAAACACAGGCCUUCUGUAUCUUUUAUUAUUUCGUAUUUAUGUAAUACUCUUUGUUUUUCUUCCUCUAUAGACCUAUUCUAAUUUAGCUUGUGUUUUUGCUUAGAGUUUUAUUUUUAACUCAGGUUGGUAUUUAGGCUAAUAGUCUAUUAUGCCCUUACACGUUCAGAGAUGAUCCAUCCAGUGUCUAACUAUACAUUCUGACCAUGCACCCUGUUGUACACUUCAGAAGGUAUGUGCUUGAAACGCACCCAUUCUUCACGUUCUGUCCCGUCGAUACAGGCCGUUAAAAGUAUGUGUAGCCUCUAUCACGGUCCUAUGCUGUACUGCCGAAAGCCGCAGCCACCUGUGUGUACAACGAACCACUCAGCGGAUUUAGACAUUCAACCAUCUUGGACCCUCAUGGGAAAUACCAUCUAAAGUGGAGGUUUGACCGGGGAACAAUUACUUUCGAAAUAGAAGUGGAAACGACAGGAUAUGUAGGAUUUGGUCUAUCUCCCAACGGUGCAAUGGCGUUGUCGGAUAUUGUCAUUGGUGGAGUCACAGAUGGAAGACCCUAUCUACAGGAUUACUUUGCAGACGCCAAGAGAAAAGUGCAUAGAGAUGUUCAGCAGAACUACAGGCUGGAGUAUGGCAGGGAGAACAAUACACACACUGUCCUGGCUUUCAGCAGGGAUCUCCUGACCUGUGACACAAAUGACAAGGACAUCACGGAAAGCACAGUGAGGGUGAUAUGGGCCUACCACAGUGACGAUGUGGGACCGUCAGGACCGAUGUACCAUGGCGUAAACAGGGGGAGGAAGAGUAUGCGGCUACUCGACCCAGGAAGUAAAGUUAAUAUUACCUCUGGGACCGACUUUUUCAACUUGCAAAACAUAAACGUGCCAGUGCCAUACAAGGACACUACCUACUGGUGUCAGAUAUUUCAGAUCCAGGAGGUACAGCAGAAGCAUCACAUAAUUAGAAUUGAGCCUUUGAUUCAAAGGGGCCACGAAAACCUGGUUCAUCACAUUUUGUUGUAUCAAUGUGAUAGCAACUUGAAUGAGAGUGAGCUCGGUGCCAGCCAUGAAUGUUACCAUCCAAAUAUGCCUGACUCAUUUCUCACCUGUGAGACGAUAGUCUUCGCCUGGGCCAUCGGUGGUGAGGGGUUCACCUAUCCGCCCCACGUUGGUCUGUCCAUUGGCACAGCAAUAGACCCUGUCUAUGUCCUGAUGGAGGUCCACUAUGACAACCCAGCCCUUCAACAAGGAGUGGUGGACAGCUCUGGCCUGCGUCUCUUCUACACCCCGGAGCUGCGCCAGUAUGAUGCAGGUGUGAUAGAGACAGGUGUGUGGGUCAGUCUGUACCACAUGCUGCCUCCAGGCAUGCAGGAGUACGUCUCAGAAGGACACUGUACCCGCGAGUGUCUGCAGGAGUCCCUAGGCCAGGAGAUGCCCAACGGAGUGAGGGUGUUUGCUGUUCUGAUGCAUGCCCACCUAGCUGGCCGCGCCAUCAGAACCAGACACUUCCGGGAGCAGGAGGAGCUGCAGCCCCUGUCACAUGACGAGGAGUUUGACUUCAACUUCCAGGAGUUCCAGCUGCUGAAGGAAGAGAGGCUGCUGUUACCUGGUGACCAUUUGAUCACAGAAUGCAAGUACACCACGAAAGGCAGACAAAACAUGACCUGGGGUGGUUUGACCACCAGGGAUGAGAUGUGUCUGUCAUACCUGCUCUACUAUCCCAGAGUGAACCUGGCCAGGUGUGAGAGCCUCCCUGAGAUCACCGGGCAGCUCAAGUUCAUUGGAGUCAAAGAGAUCCAGGCCCCUGUCACGACCUGGCCUUUCAUGAUCAAGAGCCCAAAGAAGUAUAGCAACCUGUCCUUCAUAGAGGCCAUGGACAAGUACAGAUGGUCAAAGAAAAGAGGGAAGUCCUUCAACGAGAUGGUUCUACAGCUGCCCAUGAACGUGCGCUGCUCCAAGUGGGGGCAGGACGAGUGGUCGAUUCAAGGGACGUUAGUGUCACCACCAGAGGUGAAGUCUGAAGUCAAGCCUCCCUCCGUGGUGUGCCGUUCUGCCUCAGAGCCACACAGCGGAGUGGUUCUCCUCUUUACAUUGUGCCUCACAUACUCCGUAGUCCAGGCCUGUUUAAGCCUUUAGCCUGUAGCCUAUAGCCAUGCAACUGUGUGACUCACACCACUCCCUGUGUAUUAGAAGGACUCUUCCAUCAGAUGUGCUGAUGUUGACAUGGUGGAUUUUCUGGGGGUGUUUAUUGUCUAAAUAUAUAUAAAACAUACCUUUAAAAUGUUUUAUGUCCAAGAGUUAAUACAUGUUUAUUUAGAGUUGUAUUUUGGAAGUAGUAGUAUUACCUAUGGCCAAGAAGGUCAAGUUUAGGUAGGUAGUUAUUUACGUUGAGUGUAAGACCCUUUUUGCUACUAUUGCCCAUGACACAUUCUUCAUAAAGCCUAUGAUUUAUGGAUAAAUUGCCCAGAAUUUAGGCCUGCAAUAUAGUCCCAAAUACCAGUGAAUUUCUCCAGACCUGAUUCAAAUAAUUGACAAGGCUACAUAGAAACAUAUAGUUGGCUCAGGGUAGUUUCAGUACUGUAAGGCCACUGUUACAGCCCUGGUCACCCUGGUACCGCUAGGAACAUCUCUCCCUAAGGCCGCAGUGCUGCCAGCAUCGCUAGUCCGACUUACAGCGAUUACUCUGGCUGAGUAACUCCAAUGUGCCAACAGUCGCAAACAGGGCAAAAAGGAAGGUCUCAUUCUUGCUUUUCUGUUAGGAGUAGUUGGAGAGAAGAGUCAUGGAAUAUGGAAUACUGUGUUAUUUCCAGACCAUGCGGAUGACAUUGGAUGAAUGGUUGAUUGAAUGGAUGAGUGGAUGGAUUUUGUUCGUCUAAUGGAUACAGCAAGAUACAUCAAUGGGAUAGUGACGGUGAAGAAGGUAUGUGAAUUAUUAGAUUACAUGGGCCAUUUAUGAAAAGGUAUUACCAUCAUUAUCUUUUACUAAGUUAUUGAUUGUUUUGUUUCUCUUUGUGCCUCUAGUUAGGCGUGAAUAGCUAUGAAAAGGAGGUUUUCCGAAUGGGGAUGAAUUUGCCACCAAUUACAGUGUGGGAUUGAUAUGAAUUGUUUGAGAGAGUCAUGGGUAAAAACAUGACCUUUUUCUCCCGUUCGGCUACCUCUCUGUCUGACAGUUCUUCUGUCUAUGUUGUUCUAUGAGUCUGUGCCGACUUUCCUCUCUGUUUCUGUGGUGCAUGAGGUGAUACCAUAGAAUACUGAAAGUAUGAGAUAGUGUCCAUCCACUCUCUCUCAAAACUGGCAAACCAAGACCACCCAAAUUUAAAAAGGGAUUUUAUUUAUUUAUGCCAAAACCAGAAAUCCAAGUUAAUUGAGGAUUCCCUGAUAGUCAUAUUGGUCUGUAUGCACUGAGGUGACCUUUAAAAAAUAUAUUUUUUCACCCUGUGUAAAUCCAAUUAGUAUAAUAAAUAAUCUUCAUCAAAAUCUGUAUGUUUAAGCAAUCAUUGGCAUGUUUAACAAUGGUACAUCCACAAUUGAGAAUAUUGCAGAAAUGUUAAAACAAACAACAGUAUGAGGAGCCUUUUCAGCGGCAUCCUGUUGCAAAGUGAGAAGCCAUGUAAGAGUUUUGCAAAGUGAUUUGGUUUUCCUGGCCGUAAGUGCCCUUGUCAAAUGCCAUCAGACAUGAGAGAGGCUCUCUAAAGAUGGGCAUGUUUAGAAUAAAGUAUGUGGCUGUGGUGCAUCAGAGUAAAUUGGU